AUGUCGAGGACCAGCACUCCCCAGCAGGAGCUCCUCGAAGCGGCACCGUCGCGUGUGAGCCGCAUGCGUUGGGCCGGCCUGGGCUUGGCGCUGCUCGUGACGUUCGUGGUGGGCAUCCUUUUCGGCCGUGGGACGAAGCCCAAGCCUAUGGAGCCCAGCGCCGCCGCCCUGCUGGGUGCCCUGGUGCAGAAGUCCGGGGUUGAAGACUUGGAGCAUCACGUGCACAAGGCAUUCCAAAUUUACGACGUGGACAAGAGUGGCCACCUCUCCAUGCAAGAGUUCGGCAAGCUCAUGGAUGAUGCACGCGAGGAACUUGGAAGUGUUAGUAUCUCCCAUGAACAGCUGCAAGCUGUGUUCAACCAGGCGGACCACAACGGUUCGGGCAAAGUCGAGGUGGGUGAGAUGAAAGACCUCCUUGCACCUGCUUUUGCGGAAAUGAAGAGCUAG